UGAGAACGUCUAGGAGCCGAGCGGGCCGGGCAUGGGGAGGACUGGGCUCCGCACCUGUCCCGGGCGUGCGUGUGGCUCCGGGGACGCGCAGUGACGGCGGUGGCCCAGUGCGGCGGCCUACCCCGUUUUCGCUGCGGCCUCCCGGCAUGAGCGUCCGCCCGGGCCCGGGGCCGCGGCUGCCCCAGUCCGGCCUCCCGCGGGCGCCCUCGGGGCCUGCAGACCCGCAGUGCUGAUCUGGCCCGCCCGCUGUCCCCACCGUGGUGCGCCCUGGGCGGCCAUGGAGGUGGUGGGCGAUUUCGAGUACAGCAAGCGGGACCUCGUGGGACAUGGGGCGUUCGCCGUGGUCUUCCGGGGCCGGCACCGCCAGAAAACUGAUUGGGAGGUAGCUAUUAAAAGUAUUAAUAAAAAGAACCUGUCAAAAUCACAAGUACUGCUUGGAAAGGAAAUAAAAAUCUUAAAGGAACUUCAGCAUGAAAAUAUUGUAGCACUCUAUGAUGUUCAGGAAUUACCCAACUCUGUCUUUCUGGUGAUGGAGUAUUGCAAUGGUGGAGACCUGGCAGAUUAUUUGCAAGCUAAAGGUACUCUCAAUGAAGAUACUAUCAGAGUGUUUUUGCAUCAGAUUGCAGCUGCCAUGAGAAUCCUGCACAGCAAAGGAAUAAUCCAUAGGGAUCUUAAACCACAGAACAUCUUGUUGUCCUAUGCCAAUCGCAGAAAGUCACAUGUCAGUGGUAUCCGCAUCAAAAUAGCGGAUUUUGGUUUUGCUCGUUACCUACAUAGUAAUAUGAUGGCUGCAACACUGUGUGGAUCCCCAAUGUACAUGGCUCCUGAGGUUAUUAUGUCUCAACAUUAUGAUGCUAAGGCUGACUUGUGGAGCAUAGGAACAGUGAUAUACCAGUGCCUAGUUGGAAAACCACCUUUUCAGGCCAAUAGUCCUCAAGACCUAAGGAUGUUUUAUGAAAAACACAGGAGCUUAAUACCUAGUAUUCCCAGAGAAACAUCACCUUAUUUGGCUAAUCUCCUUUUGGGUUUACUUCAGAGAAACCAGAAAGAUAGAAUGGACUUUGAAGCAUUUUUUAGUCAUCCUUUUCUUGAGCAAGUUCCAGUGAAAAAAUCUCACCCAGUUCCAGUACCCAUGUAUGCCGGUUCUGUCUCUGGAAGCUCCUGUGGCAGCUCUCCAUCUUGUCGUUUUGCCUCUCCACCAUCCCUUCCAGAUAUGCAGCAUAUUCAGGAAGAAAACUUAUCUUCCCCACCACUGGGUCCUCCCAACUAUCUACAAGUGUCCAAAGAUUCUGCCAGUACUAGUAGCAAGAACUCUUCUUGUGAUGCAGAUGACUUUGUUUUGGUUCCAGACAUCUCGUCAGACCACUCAUAUGAUAUGCCAGUAGGAACUGCUGGCAGAUGUGCUUCCCAUGAGUUCUUGGUGUAUGGAGGGCAAUGUCAGCCUACUGUGUCAUCUCACAGUGAAACAGCAGCAAUUCCAGUUCCUACUCAGAUAAGAAAUUAUCAGCGCAUAGAGCAAAAUCUGACAUCCACUGCUAGCUCUGGCACAAAUCUACAUGGUUCUCCAAGAUCUGCAGUUGUACGAAGGUCUAAUACCAGCCCAUUGGGCUUCCGCCGGCUGGGAUCCUGCACUCCAGUGCCAGCAGACCCAGUACAAACAGUCGGACGAAGACUCUCUACUGGGUCUUCCAGGCCUUAUUCACCUUCCCCUUUGGUUGGUACUAUUCCUGAGCAAUUUAGUCAGUGCUGCUGUGGGCAUCCUCACGUCCAUGAAUCCAGGAGUAGAAACUCCUCAGGUUCUCCAGUGCCACAGGCUCAGUCACCACAGUCUCUCUUACUGGGUGCUAGACUGCAGAGCACCCCCACCCUCACCGACAUCUACCAGAACAAGCAGAAGCUCAGAAAGCAGCACUCUGACCCUGUGUGCCCCUCUCAUGCCAGGGCUGGGUACAGCUACUCCCCUCAGCCCAGUCGGCCUGGCAGCCUGGGAGCCUCUCCCACCAAGCACAUGGGAUCCUCUCCACGGAGUUCUGACUGGUUCUUUAAAACUACUUUACCAACAAUCAUUGGCUCUCCUACUAAGACCAUAGCGCCUUUCAAAAUCCCUAAAACACAAGCGUCUUCCAACCUGUUAGCCUUGGUCACUCGUCAGGGGCCAUCUGAAGGGCAAUCCAGAGAUGGAAAUGACCCACGGGAAUGCUCUCAUUGUCUCCCAGUACAAGGAGGUGAGAGGCAGAGGGCUGAACAGCAGAACAAGACAGUGUUUGGCAGAUCUGUCAGUACAGGGAAAUUAUCAGACCAACAAAUAAAGACACCCUUAGGUGGGCAGCUGCAUCAGGGUAGCACGGACAGCUUAAAUACAGAACGACCAAUGGAUAUAGCUCCUGCAGGACCCUGUGGCGCUGUACUGACACCUCCUAUAGGAGCAGCAACAGCAACUUCUAGGACUGUCCUGUUCACUGUAGGAUCACCUCCACAUAGUGCCACGGCCCCCACUUGUACCCAUAUGGUCCUUCGAACAAGAACAACUUCAGCAGGGUCCAGCAGCUCUGGAGGCUCCCUCUGCUCUGUGAGCGACCAUGUUUGUAUGGGCUCCCCACCUGGCGUGUGUUCGGGAUCCUCCCCUCCACAAGCAGAGGCAGCUCCCAGCCUGAGGUACAUGCCUUAUGGUGCGUCAUCCCCCAGCUUAGAGGGACUCAUCACCUUUGAAGCUCCUGAACUGCCUGAGGAGACACUGAUGGAGCGAGAACACACAGACACCUUACGCCAUCUGAAUAUGAUGCUGAUGUUUACUGAGUGUGUCCUGGAUCUGACAGCCGUGCGGGGAGGAAACCCAGAGCUGUGCACAUCUGCUGUCUCCUUGUACCAGAUUCAGGAGAGUGUGGUUGUGGACCAUAUCAGCCAGCUGAGCAAAGACUGGGGGCGGGUGGAACAGUUGGUAUUAUACAUGAAAGCAGCACAGCUGCUGGCAGCUUCUCUGCAUCUCGCCAAAGCUCAGAUCAAGUCCGGGAAGCUGAGCCCUUCCACAGCUGUGAAACAAGUUGUCAGAAGUCUGAAUGAACAAUAUAAAUUCUGCAUCACCAUGUGCAAGAAACUUACAGAAAAGCUGAAUCGCUUCUUCUCUGACAAACAGAGAUUUAUUGAUGAAAUCAACAGUGUAACUGCAGAGAAACUCAUCUAUAAUUGUGCUGUAGAAAUGGUUCAGUCUGCAGCCUUGGAUGAGAUGUUUCAGCAGACUGAAGAUAUUGUUUAUCGCUAUCAUAAGGCAGCCCUUCUUUUGGAAGGACUAACAAAGAUUUUACGGGAUCCUGCAGAUAUUGAAAAUGUACAUAAAUAUAAGUCUAGUGUUGAAAGAAGAUUGUCAACACUCUGCUAUAGCACUGUGACGAUGUGAGCAGUAGCAGGCUUGUCCCGUGGACCAGUCAGUGGGAAUGUUUGGGAUUUCAGCUUGGGUUCUGUUGCCCUAUCCCCAGGAAACUGUAGUUUCUUAACUGGUGACUACCAAAGAACACAGAGUGGUUUCAAAAAGGAAAAACAAUCCCAAAACUACACAUUUGUAGGAAAUCUGCCUUAUCAGAGAAAUCACCCCUUCCCUUUUUCUUUGUGGAAGCAAAAGCAGGAAUAUUCUACUUGGCUCUCAGUUUGAACAUGGUAAGUAAAUGUACCUUAGAACUAGAAUUACCAGUACAGUUAUUCUUAAGGAGAGUUAAGAAUGCAACAAAGUGAGUGACCCUUCACUCACUUCACCAGAGCAAUAUGUGAAUUCCAUGUGGAUGAGAAUGAUGACAAGUUGUUUAGUUUGCUUGUUUCAAACUACUAGAAAAUUACUGAGAUAUAAAAGUGAAAUAAUCUACAUCUCAGCCAGGCAGUUUGAUUUCUGGGGUAAGUUUGUCUAAAUCUUAGCAUGUAUCCUAAAACAGCUCAGCAAGCAGUAGCUUAAGAAGAAGCAAAUGAUGGCUCUAGGAAGAAAUUCUGACACCUUCAAUUUGCUCUUAUGUGAACACAUGUUAAUCUUCCAGAAUAUUUCGUAUUGCACUAAUUUAUUAAAAACAACUGUGUAAUGGAUUUUGAAAUUUAAAAAUAAAUGUGGCACAGUGGGCUUAUUUAAAAUAUUUUACUUGAUUAUGUACGUAUACCCUUUCCAUAAUUCAAGUGUAAUCUCUAGUGGACUUUUAAAGGUUAAAAAAAACAAAAAACUUGUAUUCAUGUAAACCUUUGCAUUUUUUUUAACCUAUUCAUCUACAACUACAAAUUUUUCUCAGUAAUGUUUUGAGUUGCUGGUUGUUUGCUUUUGGUUGCCUUUUUUAUUGUGCAUGCAGAAUGUGCAUUGAUGCCUGUGACCUCUAAAUUUACUGAAGGCUAGUAGGUUUAUUUGGGCAGUGUUAAAACAAAUAUACAUCAAGAGAGACUCCAAAGAAUUUUAAUAGGGCCAAAACAAAGUGGUGACCUAAAUGCUUGUUAGUAAUGUGGAGUUUCUACAUAAAGGUAGUGAAAAAUGAAGUUGAUAUUCUGUUAGGAAAAUGGGCAGCUUUCUACAGCCUGAUGAGUGUUUUUCAUGUUAAUCCUGACAUUUCACCAAAUACGUAGUCAUGGAGAAUGCAGGCGGUUAACAUCCCUCCAGAAAUGUUUCAACAAUGUAUAUUAUUUUGUUUCUUUUACUUAUGUGCUUGAAUACUUAAAUAAACCAUUCUCCAGUUUUAAUCCUUUUAUUUUAAUCCUUUUAGAUACUAUAACCUGAAAAAAAA